GAGCCAGCAUUCGCCAUGGGGACUCCUUGGAAGCUGGGGUGGAGGGCAGGAGCGGGGUGGGGGGACCGGCGCUCAGCUGCGCAGGAAGCAGGAGCCCACCCGGCGGCGCCCGCUUUACCCGCCGGAACCGCGCAGGGACGCGCGCAGGCAGGCAGCGGCGGGGCGACGCCGCUUUUGCAGUCGAAGCCGGGGGUCGCCGCCAACGGCCGGGUUCCUCGACGGUUGGGCAAAGGAAUCGCCGCCGGCAGGGAGAAGAUGGCCCACCCUGCCCUCCCCAUCCCCUGCCCGGUCCGAUUAGGGUGGCUGAAGGAGGACUCCCCGGAGGCCCAGCUGCACCAGUACGUGAAGCAAGGCAGCUACCUGAAGGUCAAGAAACUCCUCAAGAAAGGGGUCUGUGCAGAUUCGGUCAACUCCUUGGGGCAGACGGCCUUGUUCAUCUCAGCCUUGCUGGGCCUCGAGAAACUGGUCGAUGUCCUCCUCAAUUAUGGCUCGGACCCCAACCACCGCUGCUACGACGGGAGCAGUCCGGUCCACGCCGGGGCCUUCUCGGGCAACCAGGCCAUCCUCAGCAAGCUGCUGGACGCGGGCGGAGACCUCCGCGUCCAUGACAAGAACGGAAGGACUCCCCAGACCUGGGGUCUGAUGGCAGGGAAGGAGAGCAGUGGCCAGAUGUUGGAGUUUAUCCAGCGCUGCACGUCGCACAUGCAGGCCACCCUGCAGAAUUACUCCUCCGACUUGCUCCGGAAGGUGGACUCACCCCGAGCUCUGGUCUGCAGCCCUUCCAAGUUUGGGGGCCUCACGCAGGGGCCGGCUGACAGCCCGCUGGGAAGGUUCCUGAAAGGGGGAAGCAGCUCGUCCCGAAACAUUUACAGCUUUGGCUUUGGGAAGUUCUCUCUCUCAGGCAGCCGGCAGCUGGGUUACUUGGCUUCGCUCCCGAUCAUCGCGGACAAAGAGGUGGUCCAGGCCGACGACGAGCCAAGCUUCUCCUUCCCCACCGGGCCCUACAUGGUCAUGACCAACUUGAUGUGGGGUGGGAGCCGAGUCACCGUGAAGGAGCUGAGCGUGAAGCCCCACCAUCACUGCAGCAAGCUGCGUCUGGGUGACCUCCUCCUCGCGGAACAGGAGUACAGCAGCAAACUCCGCCACCCCCACUUGCUGCAGCUGAUGGCCGUCUGCCUGUCCAGCGACUUGGAGAAAACCCGCCUGGUCUUUGAGCGCGUGAACUUUGGCACCCUCUACAGCAUCCUUCACGAGCGGCGCUCGGAGUUCCCCAUCUUGCAUGUGGAGACGAUUGUGCACCUGCUGCUCCAGGUGAACGACGCCCUGCGCUUCCUGCACCUGCGGGGCUUUGUCCACCGCACCCUCAGCUCCUACGCCAUCCUGGUCGUGCUAGCCGGGGAGGCCAAGCUCACCAACCUAGAGUACAUGAUCGAAAGCAAGGACGGCGGGGAGCACAGCGACUUGACCCGGGUGCCCAUCCCCUGCCAGCUCUUCAAGUGGUGUGCGCCCGAAGUCGUCCUGGAAAGGGCUGCGACAGCCAAGUCCGACAUCUACAGCUUCUGCGCGGUGAUGCAGGAAGCGCUGACAGAUACGGUUCCCUGGAACGGACUGGAAGGCUCGGCCGUGAGGGACCUUGUGACUUCUGGGCAGUGCCUGGAGGCUGAUGCCCGCCUCCCCAAGCCCUUCUACGACAUUGUGAAGACUGGCCUGGAGGUCCGGCAGAAGGACCGCUCCAUGACCCUGCAGGACAUCCGCUACAUCUUGAAGAAUGACCUGAAGGAUUUGAUUGAGUCUCGCAGAAACCAUCCCGGCGAUAAUGUGGGCGCACCAAAGACGGAAGCCCGUCCAGACAUCAACAUCUACUUGCCGUCCGUCUCAGCGGUCCAGGUCCAGCUGCCGGGAGAGGAGGCCGCCCGAGUGGCCAGGAGCUUCACCGUGUCCCGGUGUGCCGUUUCCUCUCCGAAAAUGGAAGCCGUGGCGGCCCUCCGCCAUGCCGAGCCGUGUGAGGGCUGGGAGACGGCGCUGGAGGUCCAGGCCGGCGACAGCGACGGGGACAGCAGCCUGAGCAGCUUCGAGAUCAAUGAGAUCUACACCUGCUACCCGGAGCUGUGUGCGGAGUUGUGCGCGGCCGAGGAAGAGGAAGAGGAGCAGGGGGCUGAGCUGGGCCCAGCAGGAGCCCCCAGGGAAUCCCCAGCCGCCCCAGGGGCCUGGGGGGCCGAGGGCCCGCCGCAGCCGUCGGGCGGCAGCGGGGAAGAGGGCUCUUCCGAGGCGGAAGUGGGCUACAGCGUGGAGGAGCUGAGCCCCACGGCCCAGGCCCUCCACUCCGCCGGAAGUGGGGGCCCGGAGGCCCGGAGGAGCCAGCCCCCGCUCGGGCUUCACUUCGGCAAGUGCGUCCUGGACCUGAAGAUCUCGCAGACGCUGCUGCAGCAGGCCGAAGGCUCGCUCUGCCGGACGCAGGAGCAGCUGGAGAGCCUGGGGAGGCCGCCCCUGGCGGGGGCCCCCUGGGAGCAGUACUCCCCCUUCCCGUGCGGCCUCGAGGCCCCCUGCAGUGGAGCCAGCACCCUCCUGUGGAAGGCCGUGGGGCCCCCCUCCAGGGCCUACACCCCGCCCCCGCUGCGGGUCCUGGCCCACCAGCCCCCCCAGGCCAGAGGGCCCCCCAGCAGGAACCAGGAUGCCGUCUGCUGGAGCGAGGCCGGCCCCGAGGCAGCCCCCAGCCCUGGCGAUGGAGCCCAGCCAGGCUACCAGCACUUGUACCCCGGCGUGUCAGCCCGGAGGAGGAGGCGGACCGUCCAGACGCUGCGAGACAACACGCCCAGCCCCACCAGGGACGGCCUCAGAGAGGCGGACAGAAUCUCUCCGAGAUCAGCCUCUGAAAUCUACGAGGCCAGCUUGAGGAGCGAGGAGAGGCGGAUGGCACAGACGGAGUGGACCACGGAAGUCAAGCAGAUGGCGAAGAAAGCGGCCUCGGGGCUGCUGGGCCUCCCUGCCCAGUACCCCCCCAGCGAGUGGACCUCGGAGAGCGAGGCCGAGAGCGCCAAGGAAGCCUCCGGCGGCUGCAACAACAAGGAGCACCUCAAGUCUGGCUGGCGGAAGGCGGAGGCGGGAAGGCCCUGGGCGGGGCGCGGGCUCGGAGACCACAAGCCCACCUGGGCCAGCGAGGAAGAGGAGAGCGACCUCCUGGAGGCGGCCCUGAAGAGAUUUGUGGGAGCCGAGAAGCCAAGCCGGAGUGGCCCCUUUCCAGCCUCUGAGGUGCAGAUUGAGUGUGGGGUGGCCUUGCACAGGAGCCCAGCCGUUUCUGUCGUCGCAGAGGACUUGUGCGGAGGGCAGCCAGAAGGCCUGUAUUGCUCGCCGUCUUCCUCUCUUGACGUGUCCGAGGAGUUCUUCACCCCAGAUCCAGACUUCUUCUUCUGCUCUCCCGUUCCUCAGGAGGAUUUAGCACUAGAGAGCUUAAGUGCUGAAGAAGAGGAGGAGGAGAACUUGAGAAUAACCCAUGACAUCGGUGAGCUGGAAGAAGGCUUGGAAGUCACCCAAGAAAUCUGCGGGCGGAAAGAAUUCCCCGUGGACGCACAGAAAGCUCAAUUCUCGAGCACGUUUUGCUGUUUGUAUUCAGGAGGGAAGCCAUCUCUCUGCAGCAUGGAAGCGAAGCAUUUCCACGGCGCUGCACCAGGAGGGGAUCUGUUUACACCUGCAGCCAGCAGACCCGGAGCCGUGCAAGGCCGGAGACCUGAAGAGGUGCUGCCAGCAGAGUUCAGAGAGGAGGGCAUGUCGCUUCCGGAUAUCCGGGACUUGUCCAGCAUCUCCUGCGAGGACUCCUGUAAGCAAACGGCCUGCAAGACACCCAAAAGUGCCCUCUCGCCGGCGGACGCCAGCACCCCCGUCAGCCCAGGUUCCAAGCUGUCCUCGACGGUCACGAAAUACAAGGACUUCUGCGUCAUGACGAUCGACACCACCAGCUGGAGCAGCCAGGAGGCCUCCCCCCGGGGACUCAGCACCUUCCCCACAGCCUGCGAGAAGGGGACCGGCAUGGAGAUGCCCCCUGGCCUCCAGCAGCCAUUGGCCGGGCUCUCCGAACCCAGGGUCUUCUUGGAGCCCACCACCCAGCCACUCCUGCCAAGGAGUCAGACCGUAUCUGGGAGCGCGUUUCUGGCCGCCCGGCAAGUUGGCCCUGAGCAGCUGGAGCUGGAAGCCCACGAGCUGGUGGAGAGGACGCUGCAAGCGAGCCGAGGGGAUUCCAGCCUCUGGGCCCAAGAGACGUCGGACCCGGGAGAAGAGACGCAAAGGUACAAGGGCUCAUUCCUCCCUGGACCACGUUUUGGAAGGAAUUCUUGACAGCCGUGACCUUCCCGAAGAGGAGCCGGGCCCUGCCAGCAGGGAGCCAGUCCGUACGCACUGCAGAAACGUUGAGAUGGCGGGGAGAGAGGAGGAGGAGGAGGAGAGCAGCGCCGGAGAACCUGAAGCCCGUGCCAGAAAUGCCGAAGGUCUUUCUUGAUCCAUAAAAGAAACACUGAACUGUG